UACUUGUUUGGACAUGUUACACCGCUUUCCCUUUGGAGCCACAAGAUGACAGUGACGACAAAAGUGAACUUCCGACUCCAUACGGCCUGCAAACCAUAGAGUCUGAGCUUUGGGCGGAAGUGAGGUCACUGUUUGAGGCCGCACGUGGGUGCAAGCGUGGCUGUACUGCACCAGGAGACAUGGGGAAGGCAGGGAAAUUGCGCUCCGGUAUUGCCGGGAAAGCCAAGCGCUGGAAGAAAGGGCACAGCAGCGAGUCUAACCCUGAGUUGCGGCGGCACCGAGAAGCCGCUAGGAGCCGAUUCUUCAGCCGGCCUUCAGGCAAAAGUGACCUCACGGUAGAUGCUCUUAAGCUCCACAAUGACCUCCAGUCAGACUCCCUGUCUGUGCAAAAGAAAUCGGAGAAAUCCGAAGCGCUUAUGGAAGAUGAGGAUGAAAUGGCAAUAACUUUGAAAUCUGGAGUUUCUUUUCUGAGCGGCCUGUCUGACUGCACUAAUCUUACAUUUGGAAAAGUGCAGAGGUACUGGGAGUCAAACUCGGCUGCACAUAAGGAGAUCUGUGCUGUGCUGGCUGCUGUUACUGAAGUUAUUCGCUCUCAAGGAGGAACCGAGUCAGAGACUGAGUACUUUGCUGCUUUGAUGACUACUCUAGAAGCUGUGGAGUCCCCUGAGUCAUUGGCUGCAGUUACAUAUCUGCUUAACCUGGUUCUCAAGAGGGUUCCUGGACCUGUUCUUAUCAAGAAGUUUUCUGACACAUCCAAGGCCCUUAUGGAUAUCAUGGCUUCUCAAGCAAGCAGCGGCAGCACCUCAGCCAUGAGAUGGAUUGUCUCUUGUCUGGCCAUUCUGCUUCGCAAGCAGGAUCUUCUCACAUGGAGCUACCCCUCAACCCUCCAAGUCUACCAUGGAAUGCUCAGCUUCACUGUCCAUACAAAACCUAAAAUCCGCAAGGCGGCCCAGCUAGGAGUGUGUUCCAUCCUUAAGGGCAGUGAGUUCAUGUUCAGUGAAUCAGCACCUAAACACCACCCGGCUGUACACACCACAGCUAAAUUCUGUAUCCAGGAAAUAGAGAAGUCUGGAGGUAGUAAAGAAGCCACUACAACCUUGCAUAUGCUGACUUUACUAAAGGAACUCCUGCCCUGUUUCCCUGUCAGUAUGGUGAAAUCUUGCUGUGAGACCCUGCUUAAGGUCAUGACGCUAAGCAAUGUGCUGAUCACUGCCUGUGCAAUGCAGGCCUUCCAUGGUCUCUUCCAUGCAUGUCCCGGCAUCUCAGCAUUGACUGCAGAACUCAAUGCCCAAAUCAUUACAGCCCUAUAUGACUACUUGCCCAGUGAGAAUGAUCUACAGCCUGUUUUGGCAUGGUUAGCUGUCAUGGAGAAGGCCCACAUCAAUUUGGCCAGGUUGCAGAGUGAACUGUGCCUGGGCCAUCUCUCUCGUCUCUUCUUAACAGCCAUGAACUGCUUAUUAUCUCCUCACUUGCAGGUUGUUAGUGCAGCUGCCCGGACCUUGAAGACUCUACUUACUGAGUGCAUUGCUCCAAAUAUUGCUGACAUCGGCACUGUGCCUUCAGCUCCAACUUCUGGGCCAGCAGGGCACAUCUGUAAAAUGUUCAGGUGCGUGGAGGAGGGAUUAUCAUAUAAAUUUCACUCAUCUUGGUCCUAUGUCCUUCAAGUCUUGCAAACCUUUUUUGAAGCCGCUGGGAAGAAUUGCCAUCCAUUCAUGAAGAAGUGUUUGCAGACUCUUGCCGACCUGAGAUCCUCUGCACAUUUUUCCUGCACUGGAGAGCUGGAUCGCGCUGUGGGUGCUGCUGUGGAAAGUAUGGGUCCUGAGGUUGUCCUGAAAGCUGUUCCUCUGCAGAUUAAUGGCACAGAGGACUCCUGUGACUUCCCUCGAAGUUGGUUAGUCCCUGUGAUACGAGACUAUGUGAAGAACACAGAGCUUGGUUUCUUUAUCAAGUACUUCCUGCCUCUUGCUGCCAAAUUAAAGACUCGGGCUUCUGAAUUAUCUCAAGAAGGGCGAAAUCUUGAAUCAAAAAUCUAUGACACCCUUCAGUGGCAAAUCUGGACAAUGUUACCUGGAUUUUGCACCAAACCCACAGAUGUUGUAGAUUCCUUCAAAGGAAUUGCACGCAGCCUGGGAAUGGCAAUCGGCGAUCGUCCAGACCUCAGACUUACGGUCUGCCAAGCACUGCGGACACUUAUCAACAAGGGUUGCGAAGCAGAUUCUGACAAGGCUGAAGUUAGCCGCUUUGCCAAGAACUUCCUCCCAAUUCUGUUUAAUGUGUACAGUCAGCCGCUAGCUCCAGGAGAGGGGCCCUCUCAGAAACUGCCAGUGUUGGACACAGUCAAAGCAUAUCUCACUAUCACAGACCAGCAGAUGGUUAGCGGGUUUUUGGAUAAAGCAAGUGUCAAACUUACAGAAGCUGAGACUUCAGAGCCCACAAGAUUAUAUAUGCUGGACCUGAUCAUUGCCAUGGCACCGUAUGCAGAUGAACCUUCCAUGACUAAGAUCUACAACACUAUAUUGCCAUACCUGGAGGAUAAAAAUCACAGUUUACAGAAGAAAGCCUAUAGGGUUUUGGAAGAAAUAUGUGGAGGGGAACAGCCACCAUGCAAAGAAUUUGUAAAUAACAAUCUUGAAAACCUAAAGAAUACACUCUUGACCUCCCUAAAAAGUGUUUCAUCCCCAGCUAAAAGGCCUCGACUGAAAUGUCUGAUCCAUAUUGUGAAACAACUGGCUGCGGAUCAUGAAGAAUUUAUUAUAUCCCUUAUUCCUGAGGUGAUGAUUUGUACCAGAGAAGUGUCCGUAGGAGCACGCAACAAUGCAUACACAUUACUGGCAGAGAUAGGAUAUGCCUUCCUGCGCUUCAACCAUGAUCAGAAAGAGGCUAUGGAGCAGUACCUUGCUGUUGUCUAUGCAGGACUGGCUGGUUCCGUCACCAUGAUCAGCUGCUCCGUGCUGACGCUCACAAGGCUCUUGUUUGAAUUUAAAGAUCAGAUGGGCGUGGAGGUGAUUGAACAGUUGCUGAAGAACGUCUGCCUCCUCUUAGGAUCUAGAACACGGGAAGUUGUUAAAGCUGCAUUGGGUUUCAUCAAAGUCAUAAUCUUCAUUAUGGACAUAAAAGUUCUGACCAAGCAGCUGCAAAUGAUGAUGGAAGCUAUAGGAAACAUCAACAGUGACAUGAGGCGCUUCUUCCGAGUGAAGCUGAAAAACAUCUUCACCAAGUUUAUUCGAAAGUUCGGGUUUGAGCUUGUGAAGUCUAUGCUGCCUGAGGAUUACCAUAAAGUCCUAGUAAACAUCCGUAAGGCUGAAGCAAAAAACAAGAAGCAGAAAGCAUUAAAAGAAGCUGCAGCAGAGGGAGAGGAGGAUGAUCAAGACACCAAAAAGUUGAAGGGAGAUAGUAUAGAAGAUAUUUUGGCUGAUUCUGAUGAAGAAGUAGAGGAAGAGAAACCAAGCAAACAACAGAAGAAACAAGCCCGGCAAAAGAGCCAGGCUUGGCUAAAAGAAGGGGAGGAUGAUGAACCUCUAAAUUUCCUUGAUCCCAAAGCUGCACAGCGUGUACUGGCUACAAGGCCAGAUGCAAAGAACACCAAACAAAAGCACGACUUUAAGACCUCGUCGGAUGGGCGUCUCAUAAUUCAAGAUGAUGAAGCAGAAAAAGAUAAGACUAAAGCAGCUGUUGAUGAAGAAAUGGCAGAUCUCAUGCAGGAUGUGGGAAUUCGAAGUAAAAAAGCUCAGAAGAAGAGAUUUCGAGAACAUGACGACGACGACUAUGAUGACGCCGCAGACAAAAAACCACAGUAUAAAUCUGGAGGCUCUGGAAUACACAGACCAAUCUCCAAAAAGACAGAAAGUGGAGCAAACUACAAAACUAAGAAAGGAAAAGGUGAUGUGAAACAACAAGGCAAGCACGAUCCAUAUGCAUACAUCCCUCUAAACAAAGCCAACCUUAACCGGAGGAAAAAAGCAAAGAUGCAAGGCCAGUUUAAAGGCAUGGUGAGAGCAGCACAAAGAGGAGCACAGAGUGGACUGAAAAAGAGAAAAGACAGAAAGCGUUAAGGUUUUAUCUUCAAAGUGCAAGACUGUGUUUGAAGCAGUGUGCACAAUGCAGAGCAACCGACCUCUCUUGAACCGCUCACCCGCUAGGAAGAAGUGUGUAGCUCUGCCAUAUUCAUCUAUCAGGGCAGAACUUCCUUCAUUAGGAUUCAUCAGGAAAGCGAGGGAACAAGUCAUUCAUUUCCUAUUUAAAUUAACUACUGUGAUUUAUAAACUGCAGUGGAAGCUCUGUAAACUAAACCCCAUUAAAAUAUAUUAUCUGUUUGUAAUUUU